GGAAAUGGGGCUCGUGUCCCGCGGCGCCGCCGAGGCGGGGCUGGGGGCUGCGAGCGCUGCUGUUCGCCCGGGCCCGCCCGACGCGGUCCCCAACCCCAUCCCGACCCCGCCAGCUGAGGGCGCGGACCCGGGAGCAGCCGCGGCGCCGGCAUGGUGCUCAAGGCCUUCUUCCCCACGUGCUGUGCCUCGGCGGACAGCGGCCUCCUGGUUGGACGGUGGGUCCCGGAGCAGAGCAGUGCCGUGGUCCUGGCUGUGGUGCACUUUCCCUUCAUACCCAUCCAGGUCAAGGAGCUCCUGGCCCAGGUGCAGCAGGCUAGUCAGGUGGGCGUGACUGUGCUGGGCACCUGGUGCCACCGCCGGCAGGAGCCGGAGGAGAGCCUGGGCCACUUCCUGGAGGGCCUGGGCGCCAUCUUCUCCCACAAGCCCUGGUUCCAGCUAUGCCGGGAGAGAGGCAGCAAGUCCUGGAGCUGCAAGGCCACCCACUGGCAGGGGCCCACCUCCCAUGCCGCCUCCGGCGAGGACCAGGUCAUGCUUAUCUUCUACGACCAGCGCAAGGUGCUGCUGUCCCAACUGCACCCGCCCGCGGUCCUGCCCGACCGCCAGGCUGGGGACACCACAGCCAGCGCGGGGGGCCUGGCUGCUGUCUUUGACACAGUGGCGCGUAGCGAGGCACUCUUCCAAAGUGACCGGUUCGAUGAGGGCCCCGUGCGGCUGAGCCACUGGCAGUCGGAGGGCGUGGAGGCCAGCAUCCUCGUGGAGCUGGCCAAGUGGGCAGCAGGGCCUGUCUGCCUGCUUCUGGCCUGCCUGCUGUCUCUCGUCUCGGCUGCCAGCGCCUGUCGGGUGUUCAAGCUGUGGCCACUGUCCUUCAUCUGGAGCAAACUCUCCACGUGUGAGCAGCUCAGGCACCGGCUGGAGCAGCUCACACUCAUCUUCAGCACCCGGAAGGCUAAGAACCCCGCCCAGCUGAUGAGGAAGGACCUCAUCGGGCAGCUGGCUGAUGCCCUCAUCCCUGUGGCUGACCACGUGGCCGAGGAGCUCCAGCAUCUGCUACAGUGGCUGAUGGGCGCACCCGCUGGGCUCAAGAUGAACCGGGCUCUGGACCAGGUGCUGGGCCGCUUCUUCCUGUACCACAUCCACCUGUGGAUCAGCUACAUCCACCUCAUGUCCCCCUUCAUUGAGCGCAUCCUGUGGCACGUGGGCCUCUCAGCCUGCCUGGGCCUGACGGUCGCCCUGUCCAUCCUCUCAGACAUCAUAGCCCUCCUCACCUUCCACAUCUACUGCUUCUAUGUCUAUGGCGCCAGGCUAUACUGCCUGAAGAUCCAUGGCCUGUCCUCACUCUGGCGCCUGUUCCGAGGGAAGAAGUGGAAUGUUCUGCGCCAGCGCGUGGACUCCUGCUCCUAUGACCUGGACCAGCUGUUCAUCGGGACCUUGCUGUUCACCAUCCUGGUCUUCCUUCUGCCCACCACGGCCCUGUACUACUUGGUGUUCACACUGCUCCGGCUCCUGGUGGUCACUGUGCAGGGCCUGAUCCAUCUGCUUGUGGACCUCAUCAACUCCCUGCCGCUGUACUCACUCGGCCUCCGGCUCUGCCGGCCCUACAGGCUCGCGGCCGGUGUGAAGUUCCGAGUCCUGGAGCAUGAGACUGGCAGGCCCCUCCGCCUCCUGAUGCAGAUAAACCCCCUGCCCUACAGUCGCGUGGUGCACACCUACCGCCUCCCCACCUGUGGUUGCCACCCCAAGCACUCCUGGGGUUCCCUGUGCCGCAAGCUGUUCUUCGGGGAGCUCAUCUACCCCUGGAGGCAGAGAGGGGACAAGCAGGACUGAGGGACCCUGGCCACCAGCCAGCCCAGCACCACCUCCUGCCAGGGUGUCAGGGUAGCACGUGGUCCUGCUCUUUGCCUUCCUGCCCCUGGUUGUCUGGGGCCUUUGCAGGCCCUGCCGGGGCCCUGCCCGUUGCAUCUCCUCCUGACUUUGAGGUCGUGGGAGUGGUGAGCAGGAGGAUGCGGGAACGGCCAGCCAGGCCAGCGGCCCACGCUCCAGCACCAGCACAUUUGCCUCGGGAACCCCCUGCUGACGUGUUGUGAUGGCAUAGUUAACCUGGUGCACACCGGCCCCCCAGGCCUAUCCAGGAGCCCCGUCCUGCCCCCCACCCCAGUCUAUACCCAGACCCUAGGAGGGGGUGCAGAGCCCUGCCUCUGCCCACCAUGCCCGUUCCCAGUGGGGUGGGCUGGCAGGUCUUUCUGGCUGCUCACUGGCACCCCACCCUGUCAUGGGGUGGAGGGGAUCCUUCCCAGGGUGCACUCAACUGUCCUUGAGACUCUCGCCCCUAAGCAUCUCCUUCCCUGGGGGAUGCCCUCCUGGGUCCCCAGUGCCUUCCAGCUGUCUCAGUGGAGCCACAGCCAGCCAGUCUGGGGGAUCCAAGCCACUGCUGACCCCCAGCGCAGUCCAGCAGCUCCAGGAAGCUGGGCAGCAGCGCCCCUCACGCCCUGAUUCGCACAAGGCUUGUUGAUGCUCCUGGAGAGACUGCUCUGCAGGAGGAGCUGCCCUCAGGGCUUUGGGUGUCCCUGUGUGAAGCCAGGCCACAUGGGGUGCCUGGAGCUGUCAGCAGAGAUCCACGCACCCGGCUGCCCCGUUCCUGCCCUGUACCCCUGCAAAUCUUCCAUCUCGCUCACUGGCUUCUCCUGGGCAGAUGCUCCUGCAGCCCCCAGGGAGGGGCCCUAGCACUCAGGCUGCAUCUGCCUGCUGGCCGCAAGCAGAAUCUGAGUGUGGGUGUGAGCCCCAGAAUCCCCAGGGGGAGGAAGCCUCAAGAUGCGGGUGGCAUCACAUACGGUGUGUCAUCGUGGUGUUGGAGAUGAUCAUGCUGUAGGUGGCGGGGCAGCGCUCUCUGUCCAUCCCAGGCACUUGGGACUGUCCACUUCUGUCACCCACGCUCCUUGGCUGUGGGCCACAGUGGGAGGGGGCCUGGGGGAGUCCCCACCAGCCCAGGGUCGGGCAGGAGGGGUACUGGCUCUGUCUUUUCUGCUGGGACAAUAAAGCCU